AUGUCUCAAGAAGAUCUAAGUAAUAAUGGAUCAAUUCCUACUAACGCCGAUGUAAAUGGGCCAGAAAUCGAAGGCAAAGAAGAUACUGAAGUUGAACCGUCACCGAUGGGUACUGAAUCCAAUGAACAAGAAAAGGGAGAUCAAUCUCCGGUAAAUGAUACAGAUAAACAAGAAGUUGUUGAGAGUGAGGACAAGGUGGAAACACCAGAAGAGAAACCAGAAGACCCAGAAGAAGAACCAAAAGCAGAACAAUCAAAUGCCGAUGUAGAUGUAUCAGAUAAAGAAUCCAAGCCUCUUCCAAAAAUCAAUACUUCUGAUGCUAAUGGUGCUAAUGAAUCAUCAUUCCCCAUCACCCCAACUAUUGAAGAACCUAAUGGAGGUAAUCAUAAUCGAAAUAUAUCCAUCAGUUCAGUUCAUUCAACUAAUGCAUUUGUUGAUAAUUCCAAUAUAUUCAAAAAGACAUUCGAAGUCAUUCUUGAUACCAAAGAAGCUAAGAAGAAUGAUGGUUUAAAAUCAAGUAUUCAAAAAGCUCUUGAUUCCCUCAAUGAUUCCAAUUCCAGAGAUCCUCAUAUUAUCUUUUCAGCUUUGAAAUCUAUUUGUGAAUUUGGAAGUAAUGAUUUAAAGACCAAAGCAAUUGAUUUAUUUGCUAAGUUAUUUGAUUAUGGACAAUUUGAUGACGAACAAGAUAAAAUUCAAUUAACUGACAAUUCCGUUGAUGUUAUAGCUUCAUGUUUUGAUGGUGAAGGUACUGAUGCUGAAGUAGAAUUACAAGUGGUAAGAGCGUUAAUGCAUAGUAUAUUAUUAAUGCCAUGUCAUGGAGCUUCAUUAUUGAAAGCUAUUAGACUGAUUUAUAAUGUAUUUAUAUUUUCUUUAACUGCUAGAAAUCAAUCAGUUGCUCAAGGUAUUUUAACUCAAGUUAUUGGGGCAGUUUUCCAAAGAGUUAUUGAUGCUGGUCUCGUAACUAAUAACAAAACGGAUGGCAGUUCUCAAAUUAGAACUCCAGCUAAUUUAAGCAAUGAUGAUAUGGGAGAAAUCAUAGAUACUCCAGUAGAACAAAGAUUAACUUUGAGUAAUUUAGAAAAUUUAAAUGACGAUACUAAAGAUAGUCUUCGAGUUUCAGAAGCUAAUCAACCUAAUGCUUCCAAUGAAGAUAUUGUGGUUAAAGAUGCAUUUCUCAUUUUUAGAGCUAUGUGUAAACUUUCAGUUAAGGACAUUGAAGCUGAUACUUUAGAUAUGAGAAGUCAUUCAGUACGUUCAAAAUUAUUAUCAUUACACAUUAUUCAUACAAUUUUGAAACAAUUUAUCGAUAUAUUUUUAAGUCGUGAUGUAGUUUUAUUAUCCAGCAAUAACGAACGUACGAGAUUAGUCAAUGCCGUAAGACAGUAUCUUUGUUUAUCAUUAUCAAGAAAUGCUGCAUCAUCAAUUGCACCAGUUUUCGAACUUUCAUUAGAAAUUUUUUGGUUAAUAAUAUCAAAUCUUAGAGCAGAAUUUAAACGUGAAAUCCCAGUGUUCUGGGAUGAAAUUUAUUUCCCAGUUUCUGAAAUGAAAACUUCAACUCCUCAUCAAAAAAGAUAUUUAUUAUCAAUCAUAGAAAGAUUAUCCAAUGAUUCAAGAUGUAUCAUUGAAUUUUAUUUAAAUUAUGAUUGUGAUAGUAACAUGCCAAAUAUUUGUGAACGAUUCAUUAAUUAUUUGACCAGAUUAUCCUUGGUUCCAGUAGCUGCAACUGUUCAACAAAAACAUGCUUAUCGUGAGAAUAGACGUAAAGGAGUUUCUGUUUAUGAUAUUAGUAGAAUAUCCAAUUUGGUUAGUAGUACAAUGGCUUCAAGACCUCCAGAACCAGAUAUUUAUAAUCAAUUCCCAUUAGAAUAUGCUUUGAAAAUGACUUCAUUAAAUUGUAUUGUAGCGUUUUUAAGAUCUUUAUAUACUUGGGCUCAAAAGGGAAUCAAUGGUAAUACCCCACCAAGAAGUGUUAGUAAUUCUAUUGGUCAUCUUGGUAGAAAUAGAUCAGAAACUACUAAUUCAGAUAGUCCAAGCAAUGGUAAUUCAAGAAAUGCUUCAUUUAUUAAUAAUAGUAGUAAUGGGAAUCUUGAAGGAUUAAAUGAGGAUGAUCCUGAACAAUUUGAAAAUUUAAAACAACGUAAAAAGGCAUUGUUAGAAGGUAUCAGACAAUUUAACCAAAAAUCUAAAAAGGGAGUCCAAUAUUUCAUUCAAAAAGGUUUCAUUGAAUCAGACAGUCCUCAAGAUAUUGCUAGAUUUUUAUUAGAAACUGAUGGGUUAGAUAAAGCCGAAUUAGGAGAAUAUUUGGGUGAAGGUAAAGACGAAAACAUUGCCAUUAUGCAUGCAUUUGUUGAAUUGAUGGAUUUCACCAAUAGUUCAUUCGUUGAUGCUUUAAGAACUUUCUUACAAUCAUUUAGAUUACCAGGAGAAGCACAAAAAAUUGAUAGAUUUAUGUUGAAAUUUGCUGAAAGAUAUGUAAUGGGUAAUCCAGGUAUUUUAGCUAAUGCUGAAUCAGCCUAUGUCUUAUCGUAUUCGGUAAUUUUAUUGAACACUGAUUUACAUUCAAAUCAAAUCAAGAAUAAAAUGCCUCUAGAACAAUUUAUCAAGAAUAACGAUGGUAUUGAUGAUAACAAAGAUAUUCCUCGUGAAUAUUUGGAAGCUAUUUAUAGUGAAAUUGCUAAUAAUGAAAUCAAAUUACAAAGUGAACAACAUGCAGCUUUAUUGAAUGGAGAUAUUUCAUUACCACAAAAUGGUUCAUCUUUAGGACUUUUCGGUGGAAGAGAUUUAAAUCGUGAAGCGUAUUCCCAUGCAUCUAAAGAAAUGUCAACUAAAACUGAAAAAUUAGUCAGAGAUUUAGGUAAGAAAUUACGAGAUGAUUCUGAAGGUGGUACCCUUGUUUUCUAUGCAGCUACCAGUAUUUAUCAUGUUAAAUCAAUUCUUGAUACGGUGUGGAUGUCAAUAUUAGCAGGAUUAACUGCACCUUUCAAAGAAUAUGAUGAUGAAGACAUUGCAAAGAAUUGUUUAGAAGGUAUUAAACUUUCAAUCAAAAUUGCUUGUAUGUUUGAUUUAAAAGAUGCUAGUGAAUCAUUUAUUGGUGCAUUGAUUCAAUUCCAAAAUUUGAAUAAUUAUUCCGAAAUGUCUACAAAGAAUAUUAGAGCUAUCUAUUUCAUGUUAGAAAUCACUAUUUCUGAAGGAAAUAAAUUCAAUCAAAAUAUUUGGACAUCAAUUUUAACCUCAAUUUCUCAAUUGGAAAGAUUACAAUUAAUUUCUAGAGGUAUUGAUAAAGAAACUAUACCUGAUGUUUCAGUUGCCAAAUUGGUUAAUAGGAAUUCAUUAGAUUCAAAUAAUCAUAGAAAUUCAUCAAGUUUCUUCCGUUUUACUUCAAACACCAGUGCUUCCCAAACUGCUUCAAAUAAAUUCCAUAAUCAACAUUUAAAUCCUGAAGUUGCUGAAUUAUUAUCAUCUUCAGAUUUAGCUACUGCUGUUGAUAGGGUUUUUGUUAAUACAUCUUAUUUGAGUGGAGAAAGUAUCGUGUCAUUCAUUAAAUCAUUAUCUAAAGUAUCAUUAGAAGAAAUUGAAAGUUCUGGUCAAAGCAUUAAUCCAAGAUUAUUCUCCUUACAAAAAAUCGUCGAUAUUUGUUAUUAUAAUAUGACUCGUAUUAGGGUUGAAUGGUCACAAAUUUGGGCAGCUAUGGGAGAAACUUUCAAUAUUGUUGGGUGUCAUUCUAAUUUGAAUGUUACUAUCUUUGCUAUUGAUUCAUUAAGACAAUUAUCAAUGAGAUUUUUUGAUAUUGAUGAAUUGGCUCACUUCAAGUUCCAAAGAGAAUUUUUAAAACCUUUUGAAUAUAUUAUUUCUCAUAAUGAUUCAUUAGAAAUUAAAGAUAUGAUAUUAGAAUGUAUCAACAAUAUGAUAUUAGCAAAACUGGAAAAGAUUAAGAGUGGAUGGAAAACUAUUUUUGGAGUUUUAUUAUUCAGUGCUGAAGAAAAUAAAGAAACUUUAGUCAAUAAAACAUUCAAAAUGGUUGAUAUCAUCUAUAAGAAAUUCUCCAAAGAGAUCAAACAACAAGAUGCUUUCGAAGAUCUUAUAAAAUGUUUUACAGCUUUAUGUAAGAAUGGUAAAUUCCAAAAGAUCAAUUUACUAUCUUUAGAUAUUUUACAGAAACUUGUUAAUCAAAUUGCCAUGGAAUAUCUUAAACAAGGUGAAAACAAGAACGAAACUUUGAUCAAAUAUUGGUUCCCAAUUUUAUUUGGAUUUCAUGAUGUUAUAAUGACAGGAGAAGAAUUAGAAGUUAGAUCUAAAGCAUUAAAUUAUUUAUUUGAUAUCUUAUUAGAAUUUGGAGAAAACUUUGAUCAAGAUUUCUGGAAUUUGGUUUGUAAAGAAUUAUUAUUCCCAAUAUUUUCAGUAUUAAGUAAACCUUGGGAAGUUAGUAAAAUUGAAGAUUCUGAUGAUAGUUUCUCUGUUUGGUUAUCAACAACUUUAAUUCAAGCAUUAAGAAAAAUGAUUGGAUUAUUUGAUCAUUAUUUUGAAUCAUUAAGAAGUAGAUUAACUGAUUAUUUACAAUUAUUGAGUAGUUGUAUUUGUCAAGAAAAUGAUACUAUUGCUAGAAUUGGUAGAACAUGCUUACAUGAUUUAUUAUUGAAUAAUUCAUCAAGAUUUAAUGAUAAUGAAUGGUCAAUAAUUAAUGAAUCUUUCCAAAAAUUAUUCAAAUUAACUGAAGCUACGGAAUUAUUCGAUUUAGAUCCUUUGAAGGAAUCUGACACCUUGGAUGAAAUCGAUGUUGAAAAUGAAACUGAAAAUGGUGAUGUAGGUAAUAAUUCUAUUAGUAAAGAUAUCAUUAAAAGAACUCAAGAUAAAUCAGCCAUUGUCAUUAAAUGCGUUUUACAAUUACUUAUGAUCGAUUCAUUGAAUGAACUUUUCGAAAAUGAAGAAUUUUAUAAUUCAAUUCCUUAUAAUAGAUUAAUUGAAUUAUCCAACCUUUUAAAUGGAAGUUUCCAAUUUGCCAAAAAAUUUAAUGAUGAUUAUGAUUUGAGAGUUAGAUUAUGGAAUGCUGGUAUAAUUGAAAGAUUACCCAAUUUAUUAAAACAAGAAUCAUCAUCAUCAGCUGUUUAUAUCAAUAUCAUCUUCCGUAUGUAUGGGGAUGAUAGUAAAACUAAUGACGAACAAAAACGUCAAUUAAUCAAAGAUAUCGUUCCCUUAUGUAAUAAUAUCAUUGAAAGAUUCUCAUCUUUUGAUGAAACAAAUCAACAAAGAAACUUAUCAACUUGGAGACCUGUAAUUAUAGUUAUCUUAUCAGGUUUUACUAAAUUAAAUGAUGAUGAAUUCAAACUUUAUAAUAAUAUCAUGUAUAAAGCCACUUUAUCAUUAUUCCUGAAAAGUUUAUCCCCAGAAUUAAGAACUGCCAUCAAAGAAUAUUUAAUGAGAGUUAAUGAAGUUUUCUUGCAAUAA